UACCCCGCGCUCCGUUCCGAGCUCGGAGUCAGCAUCCCUCCGUUACGGGGUCCUGCACGACCUCUCUACUGCACGUAGACUCGGACGCAGUGAUCAUGACCUUCAUUCCGAGCCCUGGAAGUAGAGGACAGACAUAUCGUCCUUGCUGAAUUAUAGACCCUAGUCACUCGGAGGAAGCCACUUGAACGUACAAAUCCUCAGAACACCUCCCGCACUCAUGCAUCCAUGCCUGCAUAUUGCAGAAAUCGUUGAAGCAAUAUCGGAGCAAGUAGCUUUACUGCGAGAUGGCGCCAGUAGACGGGCGGCGUCGUGCACGCUCCUCUCCCUCGCCCUCACCUGCCGCGCAAUGACCGACCCGGCACUGGACCGUCUAUGGGAGACACAAGCAGGUCUGUCCCAACUAGCGCGAACACUGCCACCUGACGCAUGGGCGCACUUCGGGAAGAGCAUCGUGACCCUCACGCGACCGCUUGUCCAGGACGACUGGCAGCGGUUCGACUCCUACGCCGCGCGCAUCCGCAACUUCGGCUUCGAGCCCGACGGGACGUUCAGCUCGAACGCCUGGCACCCCGUCAACUAUGCCGUGCUAGACGCGUUCAGCGCGCACCACGCCGGCGCGCCGCUCCUCCCGCGCCUGCGCCGCCUCCGGCUCACCACCGCGCACACCAAGUCCAUGCAGCUGCUCGAGCUGGUGCUCACGUCGAGCCUGAUGUCUGUGACCUUUGACUUCGGGCUGCACUGGCGCCUGCAGGAGGAGCAGAUGUUCGUCACGGCCGUGCUCGCAGGUGUGGAGGAGAGGUGCCCGUACUUGGAGGAGAUCAUCGUGGACCGGAUACCGUUCGAGCGGGUCGCCACCUCGUUGCGCGCCCUUGCGUACAUGCUCCCGCAGUGUCUCUACACGCCGAACCUCUCCGUGGGUGACAUCGCACGUCUUGCAGCGAUCCCGAGGCUCCGCCGCGCGGAGUUCCGCAUACGCGAUGUAGCAGACGUGCCCCCGCCCUCCCACACCCUGCAAACGGACGCAUUUGGUUCUCUGCGAACGCUCGGGCUGCACGUCCACUCGCUCGAGAUAUGCACCGCGCUCUUGAAGCUCCUCCGCACCCCCUACCUCGAAGCCUUCGGCGUCCACGCCGAGGAGCGCCCCGAGCCCUCAACGCUCUCCACUUUCCUGACUGAGCUCCUCUCCGUCGCCUCCCCCUCUGUCUUCCGCUCGCUCAGAGUCUUCGACGGCACAGAGGCGACCGCCGAGCUCUACACCGGGGACCUGCCUGCAUGGUGGUGCGAUAGACCGGCUAUUGACGGGCGCGUCCUCGCUCCGCUAUUAUCCCUCCCGAACAUGCGCGUCGUGGAGAUCAACUUCUCCUUGCGGUACGAACUGGACGACGACUCCGUCGUACGAAUGGCAGCGGCCUGGCCGGCCCUCGAGCACCUGAACGUAGGCACCCUCUAUGGGUGGGGCCGCCCGUACGGCGUGUCGCUCGCUGGCCUACGGGCGGUACUCGCGCUCUGUCCUCAGCUGCGGUUCUGUGGCAUGGCGCUGAGACUCGCAGAACAAGCCUCGUUUCCUCCUCCCCGCGGUAUGGAAGCGCGAGUGUGCAACGCUUCCAUCAGGACCCUCUUCAUCGCGGACACAACAGCAACAGAGGACGCCUGUGAGGCGAGCGCUCCGGUGCUCUUGUCGCUCUUACCUAGACUGGAAGCCAUCGUGUCGUACAGUGUGCAGCUCUCGUCGGGCACUCAUAGGCCUGGACCUGCUGCGUACCUCAUGAUACCAGGAGAGGUAGCGUCGAAGCUCACCUCGCGUAUAUCUGUGUUGCGUAGUUCCGCAUAUAAUAUCCACUGACGUUUGUUGUGGGAGCUCGAGUACGGGAUUGUAAGAUAGCCCGCAAGGGGCGUUUGAAGUUGUAGCGAGUACUAAAUAGUCACAUUGGCGGCACCGACCAGCCUGUAAUGCGAUUUCUGUCCGAGCCACGGCUGGUGUGGUAAGCAAGUUCCAUAUGGAUCUAGGACCAUAGGCAGUAGCGACGGAAGUCCACGAUCACUUGGGACCUGGGUCUACGUGUU